AAGGAAGUGAGGUCAAUGUCAACAGAUCGCUCGCUAUCUAAAGGCACCUCCUCCUCCUCCUCAGGUUUGGUUGAUAAAGCUGCGUUUCUCAAACCACCGGUUACUCGUGCGCAGGAGAGUCGCGCGCGUGCAUGUGGAGCUCCGGUCACCGGCGGCGGAUCUGUUUCACGGUUUCACAGAUCUCCACUUCUGUGUGAUGCAAGAAAGCAAGAUGAGACGACCUGGGAACUAAAAAGAAAAUUGUUGUUGGGAAGAAGCACAAUCUUACGGCCGGACAGUUCCAAUUUCCUUUCCUCCCGGGAGAUUAUAAGCCUACAAGAGAUACUACAACAUGGAGCGCUCUCAUCUAAACAACAGCUCCUGGUUAUUAGAGGAUCCGACCUGUCCAGCGUCUCUCAGCAGCACCACGUUUCUCAUCGUAGCAUACAGCACAAUGCUGGCAGUGGGUCUGGUAGGCAACACAUGCCUAGUGGUCGUCAUAACCAGACAGAAAGAGAUGCGUAACGUAACCAACAUCUUCAUCGUCAACCUCUCAUGCUCCGACAUCCUCGUUUGCUUAGUGUGCUUGCCAGUCACUAUAAUCUACACUCUAAUGGAUCGCUGGAUUUUGGGCGAAGCGUUAUGCAAAGUGACACCGUUCGUUCAGUGCAUGUCGGUCACCGUCUCCAUUUUCUCAAUGGUUCUCAUUGCAUUGGAAAGACACCAGCUUAUUAUUCAUCCCACCGGAUGGAAACCUGUCGUGAGACACUCAUACCUGGCCGUAGCAGUAAUCUGGAUCAUCGCCUGCUUCAUCUCGCUGCCAUUCCUAUCAUUCAACAUCCUCACAAACUCGCCUUUUCACAACCUAAGUCUCCCUUUUAAUCCCUUCAGCGAUCAUUUUAUUUGCAUCGAGCAAUGGCCGUCUGAGGGGAAUCGGUUGACUUAUACUACGACUCUACUGCUGUGUCAAUAUUGCCUACCAUUGGCGCUUAUAUUGGUGUGUUAUUUCCGCAUUUUCCUACGCCUCAGUCGACGUAAAGAUAUGGUUGAAAGGGCUCGCGGAGGACGACAGAAGAAAGCCAAAGGCUCAAAGCGAGUGAACGCCAUGCUGGCCUCCAUUGUAGCCGCGUUCGCUUUGUGUUGGCUCCCGCUCAAUGUUUUCAACACCAUUUUCGACUGGAACCACGAAGCGAUUCCCGUUUGCCAGCACGACGCUAUUUUCUCAGCUUGCCACCUCACUGCUAUGGCCUCGACAUGCGUCAAUCCGGUCAUCUACGGAUUCCUGAACAACAACUUCCAGAAGGAGCUGAAGUCGCUGCUUUCUAGAUGCCGCUGCUGGGGGCCGGCAGAGAGUUACGAGAGUUUCCCUUUGUCUACAGUCAGUACGGGCAUCACUAAAGGCUCCAUCUUGAGCAACGGCUCGGCUAGCACCUACCAGCCACACAAGAAAAACAGUUUGGAACAGAAAGAGAGCAUUUAAAGUACUUUUUUGACUUAAUAUGGGACGUUUCAAGCUCUACUAGAUGUCCACUUGUCUUCUUUAACUCAGAAUGCUACAAAACAAUAUGGUUCCUACUUGAGUUUUUGUCUCGUUUCUUGUCCAAAUAUCUAAAAAUUCCCUUAAAAACAGUAGUUGUAACAAGUAUUAUUUAUGCUAUCUAUUAAAUUACCCAAGAAAUAGUAUUUUUUAAUGCCCACCCCAACCCUAAACCCGACCGUCACAGUAUCGUAAAAUAUUAUUUAUUGUUAUACAGUGUGAUAAAAAACACUGCUAUAUUGACUUCCGGCCGGCCGCGCAUCCAAUCUAGACUUUACCAAGAGUUAAUACAACCUAGCAGACUCCUCCUUAGAGGAGGCGUGGUUAUGUUAGCCCCACCCAUUAUCUAAGACAGCUGCAAUCUAAAAAUUUAAAGUCUGCAAGAACCAGAAGCUGCGAUCGUUUUUUUUGUGCGUAUUGGGACGCAGUUACUAGAAAAACAAAAUAUUAACUGGGAAAACAGUGGGCGUGGCUUGUUUUUUCUACUGCGAGCUGAUUGGAUGUAGUAAAGUAGGCGUUUCAUUUUGAAAAAUUGGGAAAAGGAUUUUGGGUAGAGUUAUGGUUGUUGCUAGAUCAGAUACGGUUGUGACUGGAAGUUAACGAGAAUUAUUUAUAUAAUUUCCCAUUUAUUGUAUUUUAUUAAUGUCGAUCGCCACCCCAACCAUCACAGUAACAUAAAAACAGUAGUUGUACCAAGUAUUAUUUAUGCUAUCUAUUAAAUUACCCGAUAAAUAGUAUUUUUUAAUGGCCACCCCAACCGUUGCAGUAUCGUAAAAUAUUAUUUAUUGUUAUACAGUCAUAAGAAACACUGCUAUAUUGACUUCUGGCCGGCCGCGCAUCCAAUCUAGACUUUACCAAGAGUUAAUACAACCUAGCAGACUCCUCCUUAGAGGAGGCGUGGUUAUGUUAGCCACGGCCAAAACCUCAUACAGACGUAAUCUGAGAAUUUAAAAUUCGCAUGAACCAUAAGCUGCAACCUUUUUUUUGUUGUUGUUUGAAUUGUGACGAAGUUCCUAGAGCAACAGAAUAUUAAAUGAGAAACCAGUGGGCGUGGCUAGUUUUUUUUCUACUGCGAGCUGAUUGGACGUAGGUAUUUCAUUUGGAAAGAUUGGGAAAAGGGAUUGGGGAGAGUUAUGGCUGUUGCUAGACCAGAUACGAUUGUGGCCAGAAGUUAACAAGAACUUUCCCCUUGUAUUUUAUUAAUAUCUACCCCCACCCCAACCGUCAC